AUGUCACCUGGCUAUCUCGAGGACAGCACUGUUAGCAAGCAGCGCGUUCCGACGCUUGUCUUUCCAGCGCUGGCAAUAUGUUUUCUCGCCUGCAGACUCAUAUCUAGGAGGUUGAAGCGUCUGUCCUUCGGGGUAGACGACUACACUUUGAUUCUUGGCCAGAUCCUCGUUAUAUCCAUUGCGGGAAUCAAUUAUGCUGCAACAUACUAUGGCAUGGGCCGGCAUAUGGCAGCCGUCAUGCAAGAGGGAUUCGACACGGUCAUCUACAUGAAGCUCCUCUACGCCUUCGAGCCCCUAUACAUCACGGCCGUCGCCAUCAUCAAAUUCUCCGUCCUCCUCAUGUACAACCGCAUCUUCCCCGUCCGCAGCAUCCGCAUCGGCAGCUACAUCCUAGGCGGCAUCACCCUCGCCUGGUUAAUCUCCGUCGACCUCGUCGCGAUAUUCCAAUGCACACCGGUGAAGAAGGCAUGGUUACAACAGCAAAUACCCGGGACCUGCAUUGAUUUGAAGGUGGCGUUGAUCGCGAACGGGGUGCCGAAUUUCGUGACAGAUAUCCUGAUCCUCACACUUCCAGGACGGUCCAUCUGGAAAUUACAGGCGAGUCUGUGGCAGAGGGUUUCCAUCAUCGCCGUGUUCCUGAGUGGGAGUUUUGUUGUUUUCGCAAGUAUCUACCGCUUCAGUCUGAUCUUCCAGGUUGACAUGAACGACAUCCCCUGGACAAUCGCAGAUGCACAAACCUGGUGCGUCGUCGAAACAUCCGCCGGGAUAAUCUCCGCCUGUCUCCCAACCAUCGUGCCGCUCAUAAAGCUCCUCGCGAAAGGCGUAGUCACGACAGCGACAACCGGACUUUCAAACACGAACUCUCGCUCUCGCACUACGAGGUCGAAAUCAAACACGCAUUCUAAGAUCGCCCGAGAGGGAAAUGGCGAGUCCGAUUCCGGGAAUGGGCACCAACUUGCCCGGUUGGAGUCGAGGGGUGGGCUUGUCCGCGGUGGUGUAGUUGGGGAUACCUACAAUGCGCAGGUGGAGAGUGGCAGUGAGAACAGAAGCCGGGGGAGUUUGCACUUGAAUGGACAUGGGAUUAAGAAGACGCAUGGGUGGACUGUUAUUGAAGCCAGUGGGGAUAGUGAUUAA